AUGGAAAAUUCCAAACAAGUUCCAUCACUUUCUGAUUUUAAUUUUGUUAGAAUUUUAAGUUCAAAUCCAGAUUUUAAGUCAAUAUGUUUAUUGUUUGAAAAUAAGGAGACAAAGAAUCAUGCUAUACUACUUAUAAAUAAAAAACCAUUUGAUAUUGAAACAAUAAAUGAAUGGAUUAAGACAUGUUCAUUGGAAUACAUUGAUGAAAAUGAUAUUUUUGGAAAUUAUUCUUUGACUUUAGAUCAACCAUUUAAUAAGAACAAGUGCACUUUUAUUUACCCAUGCACGGAAAAACUUAUUAUUAAGUACAGUGAACAGAAAGAGUAUUUAAUCAGGGAGACAGGAGAAAGUUAUAAAAAGAUAACAUUACCAUAUUUACUAGAGAAUAAUGUUAGUGAGGUUACCUGGAUAAAAAACAUUUUUGAAAAAGAUUGUGAAAAAGAAUCACUUAUUUUUAAAGAUUCUGAUCCUGAUACAGGUUUUUUAUUGUUAGCUGAUUUAAAAUGGGAUAGAAAGACAACUUCAAAUAUGUAUCUUCAAGUAUUAGUUCAAAAAAAAGGCAUAAAGUCUGUUCGUGAUCUUAAUGAAUCUCAUUUACCAUUGUUAGAAAAUAUUCGUGAUAAAGUUAGUAUUACACUUAAAGAAAAAUAUAAUUUAGAAAGGAAUGAAUUUACUAUGUACUUUCACUAUCAACCAACUUAUUAUCAUUUACAUGUUCAUGUAACACUCCUCUCACAAACUCGUACUUCUGGGUUAAUAACAAGCUUAUUGUUGGAUGAAGUUAUUGCAAAUAUUAAAUUAAUGCCUAAUUACUAUCAAUUAGCAACAUUAUCAUUUAUUGGUAAGGAGCUUGAUGACCUAUGUCAGCGCCAUCUUCAUCAAGUUUGA